CUUCAUCACGAGUCUUUGUUGGUGGCUUCUCCGUGAAAAUAACAAGAAGAAGAAGAAGAAGAAGGUGAGAAGGGGGAAGGUUCCAGAAGGGCGGUGGGGUUGGCCUAUAAUCGGAGAGACCCUUGAUUUCAUUGCCUCUGGCUACACUUCUCAACCGCAACCUCUCACCUUCUUGGAAAAGCGCAAGUCCAUGUAUGGGAAUGUGUUCAAGACGAGCAUAUUGGGAAGCAGUGUGAUAGUGUCGACGGAGGUGGAGGUGAACAAGGUGGUUCUGAUGAACCAAGGGAACAUGUUCGUCCCUGCUUAUCCCAAAUCAAUAAGGGAACUCAUGGGGGAACACUCCAUACUCAACAUGAACGGCACCCUCCACAGGAAGAUGCAUGCACUCAUCGGAGGCUUCCUCCGAUCCCCGCAGCUCAAGGCUCGAAUCACCACUGACAUUGAACGCGCUGUCAAACAAUGCUUGGCCACUUGGACCUCGCACCAAUCAAUAUACGUUCAAGAUCAAGUCAAAAUGAUUACGUUUAGUGUAUUGGUUAAAGUUUUGAUGAGCGUUGGUGCUGGUGAAGAGCUCAAGUUGUUGAAGAAAGAAUUUGAAGAGUUCAUCAAAGGGUUAAUUUGCUUGCCCCUCAAGUUUCCAGGAACAAGGCUAUACAAAUCCUUGAAGGCGAAAGAAAGAAUGGUGAAGAUUGUGAAGAGGAUAAUAGAGGAGAGGAAAAAGAAGAAGAAGGAAAAAUGUAGUAAUGAAGAGGAGAAGGAUGUGGUGGACGUGGUGUUAGGGAAUGAGUGGAAUCCGGAGCUGACGUUGGAAAUGAUGAGCUCGAACAUAAUAGAGAUGAUGAUACCUGGUGAAGAGACCCUUCCUACUGCCAUGACCAUCGCUCUCUUCUUCCUUUCUAACUCCCCUCUUGCUCUUUCCAAACUCCGAGAGGAGAACAUGCAACUGAAGAGGCAGAAGAGUAGUAGUCCUAACUCUUCAGAUGAAUAUGCAUGGACUGAUUACAUGUCACUGCAAUUUACUCAGAAUGUCAUAAGUGAAACUCUUAGAAUGGCCAAUAUUGUCAACGGCAUUUGGAGAAAAGCAGUCAAAGACGUAGAAAUUAAAGGGUACUUAAUUCCUAAGGGAUGGUGUGUUAUGGCAUCACUUACCUCUGUUCACUUAGACUCCAACAACUAUGAAAACCCCUUUAAGUUUGAUCCAUGGAGAUGGGAGAAAAUUGGAGCUGCGGCUAGUAACAACUGUUUUACCCCAUUUGGCGGUGGACAGAGAUUAUGCCCUGGGUUAGAACUCUCUAGGCUAGAGCUUUCUAUUUUCCUUCACCAUCUUGUCACUACUUACAGAUGGGUAGCUGAGACAGAUGAAAUAAUAUACUUUCCAACCGUCAAGAUGAAAAGAAAGCUGCCAAUUAGUGUAGAACCCAUUAAUGCAUGAUUGAAUUAGAUUAUAAAUAAAUCCCAGUAGUGUACAGAGGGAUAUUUAUUUUAACAUGGGGAAUAAAAUAAGAAUUGAAGGAAGACAAUGGGAAAUGUUUUUAUGUAUUCACUUCUUCUUGUACAUCAAGUCCAUAGACAUCUCUUUAUAAUGGAAUGGAAUGGAAUUUCAAUGUUUAUCCAAUAAGAAAAGAAUUUGUGUUC